AUCCUUACUGGAAGGCAGCAUGUCCAAUUUUACCUUGAGAAAAACAUCUCCCACAGGAAAUGAUAUGAAGAGUACCACUCAGGGGACUACACUGAAGCAACAGGGUUUUCACAAUGUGAACAAAAGAAGGACUCUCUUACAGGAUAACAGCUGGAUAAAGGAACGUCCUGAAGAAGAAAAAUAUGAAAAUUAUGGUAGGGUGGUACGCCAUAGACAUAACUCCCAUGAUGCCUCAGACAGGAAAACAAACGAGAGGGAUGAGCCAAAAGCCACAAUCAGUUGGCACAGAUCUGGUGACACUUUGGACAGGAUCUCAGACAGAAAUGAUGCUGCCAAAACAUAUAAGGCCAAUACCCUGGAUAACCGAGUAACCAAUAGAAACAUGUCCACGUUUCGCUCACCGGAAGAGACAAAGAUGCAACCUGGAGGUUUGUUCAGUGCAAAUGCCACCAACACCCCAGCUUCCAACUCUGCUACUACUCCUGUAAAGAAAAAGAGACAGUCCUGGUUUCCACCACCCCCUCCAGGUUAUAAGGCCGCCCCAAGCACAGGAGCGAGCAGAAGGGAACCAACUGUUCACCCUCCAAUACCUCCAAAGCCCAGUUCUCCUGUUUCAUCUCCUAACCAGCUGAGGCGGGAUAACAGGCAGAUAUGUCCACCUAAACCAAGUGCAUAUACAGAAACCAGCAGAUCUGCUGAAAGAAAUAUAAGGGGUCAGGAUCUUGAAAACAUCGUCAAAGUGGCCACUUCAUUUCAGAAAGCUGACAAGGGUGAAGACUUAGAUAAUCUCAACAAAAUAAACAAAAACUUGAAUAGACCCAAAAGCCUUGAAAAUCUCAUUGUUGUGAAUACCCAGACAGACAAAGAUGGCAAAGGAGGUGAAGACCUUGAUAAUGUUAUCAAAGUGAAUCCCAAAGAAAGUGAAAACACCACUGGGAAAGAAGACCUCAAUGGGCUUAUUAAAGAGAAUCCUGAAACAAAUAAAAAUAUCAAGGGGGGCCAGAGCCUUGACAAUCUCAUCAAAGUGACCCCUAAAGUAAACAGAAGUAACCCAGGGGGCCAAAGUCUUGACAAUCUCAUCAAAGUGGCUCCAGAAAUAAACAGAACUAACCAAGGGAACCAGGAUCUGAACCAUCUUAUCAAAGUGACUCCCUCAGCAAAAAAAAGCAGUGAACAAGAUCUUGAUGAACUUAUUAACGUAAGCCCCAAAGCUGUCAAAAACACAGCCGGAAAUCAAGAUCUUGAUAAACUCAUCAAAGUGAAUCCUGAAACUCUCUCCAACAACCAAAGAAACCAGGAUCUCAAUAACCUCAUCAAAGUGAAUCCUGAAGUAAUCAGAAGCAAUCAAAGCCAAGCUUUGGACAAUCUUAUUGAAGUGAAACCUUCACCUCUCAGAAAUACUAAGCGAGACCAGGACCUAGAAAAUUUAAUUGAAGUAAAUUCCAGUAUGUCUAAGAGUAAAAAUGAAAGGCAAGAUGGCCAAGUUAGUGGGUCUACUGAGGCUUUAAUCAGCCCAUCUUCUAGAACCACUGCCUACUCUUAUGAAGCACAGAAGAUGCUCAGCUCCAAUGCUGAAACCAGGCAUGCAGGACCAAAGGAUACUGUUGUGUACACAAGGACGUAUGCGGAGAAUAGUAAAUCACCAAAGGAUAGAUAUCAGGAGAGUAUCUCUGGAAAAUACAUACAAACCAUUUAUUCGACUUCAGAUAGGUCUGUCAUUGAAAUGGAUAUGUGCACUUACUGUCGAAAACCCUUGGGCACAGAAGCUAAGAUGAUUUUAAAUGAAUUACAAAUUUGCUGCCAUUCCACUUGCUUCAAGUGUGAAAUAUGCAAACAACCUUUGGAAAACCUACAAGCCGGUGACAGUGUUUGGAUUUAUAAACAGACAAUACAUUGUGAAUCUUGCUACUCUCAAGUUGUAGCAAAGUGGAUUCAGUAAAUCUGGCACAUGAAAAUCAAGAUGAAAGCAUUCACUAAGGAGUUAAAAUUUUUAUUGUAAGAACAUAUAAUCUAGAAAAGCUUUUACACCAAAGAUUGACUCUGGUAUAGAAUUAACAACUCUGCUAUUGCAUAAAUAAUCUAAUUGCCUCCACUAAGGUCACAUACAUAAAGGGAACCAUCUGGUAUCUGGUUAGAUUUAGAGAUCAAAAAUUCAAGUGGUUCUAGCACCCAGUGUCAAAGGAAGCAUGCUUCUGAUGGCAGUGAGCAUUGCCAGCCUUCUCCAGGUCCAUCUCUGCUCAGUAUUAGGCUGUGUGUCACGGUUUCCAUUAUAGACAAAUUUACCAUCUUCUCACCUUUGUUUCCCUAAGAAUUUGGAUUUACAGACGUUAUUGAAGUCUUGAUAAAACUGUCGUGGGAGCAAGAUAUGUUUCAUUUAUGUACAAAAGUAAUGUUGAUAGAAAUUUUGGCAGAAAGAUAAAGUUUGGCAGAAAGAUGUUAACGUAUAAAGUUGUAUGGACCUCAGAAAAUCACUUAAACCUUUCAGAUUUCUGUGCUAUUAUCUGUAACAUGAGGGCCAAUGGACAAAAUGAUUUCUAAGGUCGCUUUCUGCUCCAAAAUUAUCAGAUUCUAAAGCAAGUUUUUGUUUGCUCUUUAGAAACAUACCUGAAUCUGUGUUAGGCCUAUUGAACUAGAUAGGAUAUCUGAACAAUUUAACCUUGGUAUCAUCCUUCAGUUUAUCACUGAUACAAGUUUUAUAGAAUGUGUUUUAAAAACAGAAAGACCUGCAUUUAUGGGUAGUGGGUAAAAUCAUAUGACAUGGUGUUUACGUAAUCAGGUUUUCUUUGCAUGCAUUUCAAAAUCUGGAUUCAUAAAUUAUCUAUGAGAAAUAAUGAAAGUUAUGGACUACAAAGACAUGUUCUUUCACAUGCUAUAUCUAUUCCUAUUACAUAGCACUUUAUAUUUACAGAUGGCUUAUAAAAAUAAAUGAAUUGUCAGUUAUACAGAAUCUUCUUGUACAGUGUCUAUAAAUAUUACUCAUUGACAUUGAUAUGUCAGUUAUAUGAUCAUAAUUUAUUAUAUUGUGUGCCAUGCUGCUUAAAGUAAUUUUUUAACUGCUCAAUCUAUAACUUUGAUUUUUAAAGAGCUUUUUCUUAAGGAAUUGAAAAUUCAGUAAUCUUGUGAGGAACUAUUAUUAUUAUUAAAAUUGAGACAUUGCACUUAUAAACUACUUUAUAUGCACAUAGCAAUUGCUUCUCAAAGGAAAGCAUAUGGAACAUUGAGAGAGGGUGGAAUUCUAAGGGAGUUUAAGGCAGUUGUAAAAAACUGACAAACUAGGGAGAUUAAAAGAUAAUCAUGUAUUUUCUAAAUGUUGAUAAAUGUAGAGUUAUUCUUCUGUAUAAUGAUUUCAAGCAUCUGUUCCUCUUAGACACUGGUCCACAAAGUGUUAAACACUAAUGCUUAUUAAAAUACAGAAAUGUGUAAUCAUUGUCCUAUGGAGAGGGAGCCAGAAAAAACAAUUAAUAAUAAUUUGAUAUUCAUUAAUUCAUGCUUGAUGAGAAGCGGUGGUAAUUGAGCCAUAUGUUUUAUUGUUCUCUUAUUACAUGCUAUCAGACUGGAUCAAAAGAAAUAAUUUUCUUAGAGUUGGAAUUUGUGGCAGGAAAGGACGAAUGAAAUAGUAUCCCUCUCUUUUAUAUAAAGUAUAUUAACAUCUCAAUGCCUUUGUGGUAAUUAAAAAUCAUUUGAAUAUCAUUUUUAAAGGAUUCUACUGUUGAAUGCUUAAUUUAAAAAAAAACCUAAAAGGAACGUAAUUCUCACUUUUCUGUAGCUGUUUAAUGGACCCUUUCUUCUACAAUAAUGUAUUAAAUUAAACCAAAAGCUGUUGUAAAAAUGGAAUAAAUACAGAGUGGAGAGAGAAGGGCUCCUGAUUUACCAAGUCCGCCUCAUCAUGUCUGGGAUUACUUGCACCAUAGGAAUGACAGAUUCCUAAAACAGUUCGUAAGAUCUCAUUCUUUUUUUUUUGCAGCUAACUAAUUAUGCUAUGAUUGGCAUACUUUUCCUGGACACAACUGCCUAAAUCUCAGAAUACCAGGCCCUGAAUUCUAUUACAAAUGAAGAGAUGUCUCUAAAAAAUAAUUAAUCGCUCCACUAUGAGAGUAUCCUUCCAAAAAGCAAAACAAAGAUAUAUCUAGUAAUCUUGGAAAUAGAAUUUGUUAAAAAUCUUUUUUCUUUUACUAAGGCCAAGAAAUAAAAAUUUAUUCAAGAAGUAA